AUGGCACGCCGAGACUCCCAGCGACCAGACCCCCUGGACGAUUAUGUACAACGCCCUCCCAUUGCUAAGAGCACUAGCGAACGUGAGCGGAUGAUAGCUGAACGUACGCUGGAAAGCCAUCUAUCUGUGGUCUACCAGCCCUCGCCCGCCGGCACCGACGACGACCUGUCCGUCGAGUACGGGCGAACCAGACCCCUCUCACCUGUUAACCACGAGGCCUCUUUCAUGUCGUUCUCUGCUCAAGCACCGCCUCAUAUCGCUGCGGAUUACUCCCACAUGAUAGAUGAUCGAUUUGGUCCAGUCGGAUUGGACGAUUCCCUGGGCCUCACCGGACUCGACAUAUCCAAGUCGUCAGCAGGACACCACAUGGCCAACGUCACAUUGCACGCCGGCUUCGGGGGCAAAGCAACAAGCCCCACCGCGUCAAACAUUGCCUUCGAGCCAUCCAGAGAUGUCGACGACAUCAAGAAAGGUGGACACAUGUGGGCCCAGAAUGGCAGGGAAAUUCAUGACAAUUCUCCUCGUGCCACUCGUUCAGGACGUCGAAAACUUGUAGAGGCGUUGCCAUCUAAUUUCAGUCCAAAGCGUGUCGCUGCAGAUCUCCCGCGAAAACACCCGUUGAUGAUGGAGUCACCCAAGUACCCUACACGUGCCACAAGGACGUCGCAUGAGAAAGGAAACGGUGUGAGCUCCCCCUUGCAGAGUCCGGAAGACGGGCCGAGCAGCGCUUUUGGACGUCAUGCCAGAACUCUGCGGCAUGAUAUGGGACUUGCCAAUGCUGGCUCAGAACAACUUCCCAAAGUUGCGUCACGUCCGUCAAAAUAUGGCAAGGGUGAUAGCAUCCAACUUCCAGACCUCACGGGUCUCACAUCUGCAGUUGUAACCCCAGCGAAACCGCACGUAUUUUAUCUUCAAGCCCAAACACACUCGCCAAUGGAGAGAGAAGUGUUGGCAGAGCGACGUCGUCACUGUGAGGCGCAACAGCGCAUGUCCGCUCAUCGUGAUGAACUCGACCGACUUUCCGGGGAGGUGAUGGAGAAAGAAGCUGAAAUCGCCGAUCUUCAGUGUCAGCUCCGUACUGAAAGGGCGGGACGUUAUUCUCACACGAACAAUGGCUCCGAUCGUAUUGCUGAACUGGAGCGCCUACACUCGAACCUUGACUCGCUUCGGAUUGAACUGGUUCGAGCAGAGGAAACACUGCGGAAACAAGGCUCUGUUCUGGAAGAGCUGCGAUUAGAGAAGCAACGAGAUGAGGAGCGUCUCCGUGAUAUGCAGCGUGCCUACGAUCGUACUUUCCAGGACCUUCGUAGGAAACGCGAAGAAGUAGGCCGCCUCCAACGAGAUGUUGCUCGGCUCAAAGCCCAUUAUGAGAAUAUGAAGGCCUUGUGGAAUCGUCAUAUUAAGGAGCAGCAACAGCAUCAACCGGAGACAAUGGGCCAAGAGGGCAUCGAGCAAGAUGAUUCUUCCGUCGACGAUGCAGGCGAGUCGCCGUACGCACCAACUGCGCCAGCCUGGCGCACCGAACGUAGGCAACUAAGCGCAGUGACGGAAGAAGAUGACGAAGACCUGCAAGACCAUCCGGACGAGGCGCAUGGUGGUCCCGCCGUGCCAGAGAUGUCCACCGGCAGCGUCUCUUCCCUCGGUACACCGGUUGAUCCACCCGAACCAGACUCCCCACGCUUCAACCAAUCAUUCCACAAUACGAGCAUCGUGUCGGAUCUUGCUGGGCCCUCUCAAGGGCGACAAAAACCCCUCACGUCGGCCGGCGAUGUCGCCGAUUUGGACGAUGAAGUAGCAGAGCGGCGGUCUUUCCGGAGCCUGGACAGUAUACAUGACAGCCCUCCCCUGAUGGCUCAGUCUCGACUCCCGGAGCCACGUCAACGUCCUUCAAGUGCACCUCCACUCUCGUCUCGACUCACGGGAAAUCGACAGCCCCUCCAGCCGCACGUAACAACAUCCCUACAAAAUGCCCCUGUGCCGCCUUCGUCGUUACAAGAUUCAACCCUGCCCCGUCCUCGUCUGAAAGAUGAACGUGUGGAGAGGCUUUUCCACGUGUCAGGUGUCCACGAUGCUGUUCAUUGUUGGCGAUGCCAAGAGCCUCAUGAAGGAACCUCUCAAGGACGGGGCUCGACAUGUGCAGUUAAUAUUCCCUCCCUUGUGCAUCGCAUGGGCGAAGGACAUGAAGCUAUCUCAAUCAUAGUCAUACGUGCCCUUGAGGAGGAACAACGAAGACGAGCCUUGACACACGCCGAUGAUGGUCGUACCUCUCAGGAGCUCCUAACCAACGCUAUCAAAGACAUGGAGGGUGACUUCACCCAUUACAGGUCGGUCUAUUCGGAGCUCGCAGAGCAAUACGGGGUAAUCGCACCCAAGAACCGUAUCAGGCGGAAUAUUCUUGCAGAACAUCUAGGUGAAGUGAUUAGUAUACUUGAGAGAAAGGGUGAUCUUAUUGCCACCCUUUAUGACUCGCUUGGAAAUAUUCAGCGAAGCCAGUAAGGAAGACAAUCACAUAAACAAAGGAGGGGGUUACCGAGGCAAGAACUUGUGGUGGCAUUCAUUAUUCUCUUUUCAGCUUCUUCUGCCGAUGCGCACUUUUUCCAUUUAGCACUGUGAAUGGCCUGGGAUUGCCGGGCCGGACUUUAUCUACUCUUGC